UCAUUCCAGAAUUUACCUAACAGAUUGUUUCUAAUUCUGUAAGUUGUUAAAUUUGGCAGAUGCUUGGCAACGACCAUGCCAUUACUGGCAAAUUCACUUUAAAUACAUCAUAAUGGAAUUACCUAAUGACAUCACAAUAUGGACAUGCUCUCAAGUGGAGAUCUGGCUGAAAAAUGUCGGCUUCGAAAAGUUUGUGGAGUUGGUUUGUAACGAACAUGAAGUCGAUGGGAACUCGCUGCUGACUUUGACUGAAAAUGAUUUACGCUCACCACCGCUCCAACUCCGGAAGCUUGGUGAUAUAAAGAAACUUGGUGCCUGUUUGAAAGAGUUGAGAGUGAAGCAUGCGGCUACAUUGAGAGAGAAAGCUUGUCUCCAAAGAUUUGAUAACUACGACCCACUGUCUGUUAACUCAUCAACUUAUAUGAGGAGGCGAGUUUAUCGUCAUACUAACGGUUCUGCAAAGAUCAGCCAAUCAUUGUACUCGGAUGAGUCGUGCAUGAGUGAUUCCACAGAUAUUGAUGAUCAGGAUAUCUCACACAGCAGUGGCAGAGUUCGAGUUUUCAAUCCAGAGUAUGGCAAAACUUUGAUUAGCUUUCUCUACAAUCUCUUAGCAAUGUUUGUGACAUCAUACACAAUGGUGGUCGUGCAUGAUCGAGUACCAGACAAACAGAAGCACCCACCGCUGCCAGAUAUAUUUCUUGAUAACGUGCCAUUAAUUCCUUACGCCUUCAAACUGUCGGAACUCUGCGGCCUAAUCUUAAUGUCAAUGUGGUUUUGCAUCCUGUUCUUUCAUAAGCAUCGAUUCAUCUUAAUACGUAGAAUGUACAGCAUCAGUAGUUCAGUAUUUCUUCUUCGAUGCAUAACUAUGUUUGUGACAUCACUGUCAGUGCCUGGAGAUCAUCUUCAAUGCCAAGCCGCUCACUAUCGAACAACAGAACAAAGAAUAAAGCGAGCUUUAGAGAUAUUUGCCGGGGGAGGAAUGUCAUUGACCGGCGUUCAUACCUGCGGAGAUUACAUGUUCAGUGGGCAUACGAUAGUACUGACUUUGGUGAAUCAUUUGAUCACUGAAUAUACCCCAGCAAGAUGGUAUUCUCUUCACAUUGCGUCCUGGGUUUUCAACUUGUUCGGUGCCUUCUUCAUUCUGGCUGCUCAUGAACAUUAUUCCAUUGAUAUUGUAAUUGCCUUCUACAUAACAUCAAGAGUCUUCUUAUAUUAUCAUAUGUUGGCGAAUACCAGAAGCUACCAGCAUAGCAAAAGGAUUAGGAUUUGGUUUCCUCUAUUUUCCUACUUCGAAUGCAAUGUUCCAGGCAAAGUACCCAACGAAUAUGAGUGGCCGCUUUCAGUGCAAAAAAUCAGAAAUUUAUUUGUGAAAAUUGCAAAACAUAGCAAGAAUACAAAAGUCUCUCUGAACUAACUUAGAAUCGUUGGAUCGGUAGUAGCAAAUGAGCAUUUACAACUGAUUCAUAGAUAUAUUUACAGGGAGCUUUUAAAGCCUUUACUUUUUUAAAUUGCAAGCACAUUUAUCAAUACCAUAUAUAGUUUGUUGAUCCCUGCGGGGGGGGAGGAAUAAAACACUAAAAAAAAAAUCUGGCUAGAAUAUUGAGAACUGACUUGAUAACAACAUAGAUAUUGUAACAGGACUUUAUGAACACCCUGAAUAUCAAAGCGAUGCGGUUGGUCGUACAUUUGCCAUUUUUAGAUUAAAAUGAUCUUUCUUAUGGACGUAUCACGUAUGCUUCAAAUUCAUGUACAAGUUAAGUCUAAGUAUGCUCAGUAUUCCAAAGCUAUGUGAAUACCUUCAGAGCCAGUGCAGUAAACUCUUGACCUUGGAAGUAACUUAAAAUAUUUUUAUUUGAAAUUUUGUUCUUUUGAGUGUUCAAAAACUGGUGGUCGAACAAAAAACAGACUUUGUUUCUGGUAAAUACAGGGGGACUCCCCUCCCUCUUCAAAAAACAGAAAUUUUGUCUAACACUCAGAAUUUCUAUUUGUGUUGAAAAGUUCAAAUUACACGAUCUUAGCUCAAAGCACCCUUCUAAGUUUUUUUUAUUAUACGAGCUGAAUUGCACCUUCUUAAACUCUAGCUAGUUCUUUCACAUUCACUUUAUUGAUUCCUGACCAGUCUAUGAUUACAGAACAAUUAACUGGUUAACUAUUCUGAUACCAGAUAUGCUACUGGUAAUCGGACAAGAGGACCUGGUUUGCCAUUUGAUUAAAACGUCUUACCGAGAAUUUCCUCUCCCUUAAGAUAAAUAUCGAAAUCAUGUCCUUUGAUAUCAGAAAUUGUUGCAAUUUUUUUCAGUCUAUAUUAUGCUUGUGUGUUUCACCACUAUGAUUAGCAGUAUUCACUCCUUAAUUUUUAUUGUUGCUAGUCCUUGUUUCCGGUAAAUUAUUUCCAUAUCCAACUUGGACUGGUAACCGGACGAGGUGCCAGGGUUCACCAAAUGAUCGAACUGUCUUAUUGGACUGGUAACCAGCGGAGAGGGUGUUUUUUUUCACCACUAAUUCAUUCGUCUGAUUUUUUUUCACUCUCCUGAGAUAAGCAUGAAUAAUUCUAUUUUAUUGUUGCAAUUUAUUUUAUGCCCAUAAAAUGCUGUUGAUUAUUUUGUCACUAUGAAUUAACAUUAUCUUAUUGCACUGUUUUAUUUUUUAUUGUUCGCUGAUGCAUGACUGGUCAGAAUACUUUAAUUCUAAUAACUAAAGGCUGUUGCUGCAAUUAUGCGGUUAUCGGAUUUUGUUCAGACCUUUUCUAGCUAUACUAUUAGCAUUAUUUUUUGCGCUGGUUUUUGCAACAUUCUAUUGAAUUUCAUGUUUACUAGAAGUUCAACGUUCAAAAAAUCCGAGUGCCUAGAAAUAUUCAAUGGUUCAGGAAUACUGAGACUGUUAUAACAGCUUACUCCAAUAUUAUCUUAAUGCCUGGUUUCCUAUAUGAUUAACUACUUAUCCUUCUAUUAUUUCUUUGUGCUAGUGAAUCCAAAUGCAUUUAGGGUGUUGUAGCAAGUAUAAAGAUAACUAUUCUAAGCCAGGGUUUCCCAAACUUUUCGGGCUGCGGACCCCUGCUCUUGGAUAUCAUUUUUAGGGACCCCCAUCCUAUGCCAAUUUAUGUGCCUAACCAUCGAGGAAGAAUAAUGUUUCAUUUGGACACAACAACACAAACGACAUUAAUGUGACAAGCAAACUUGUAGGCCAGACUCUACGACAACGUUUUUAUAUAGUUUUAAAUAUUAUAUUUUGACGAAAUAAAACGUUAAAUAUUGGCUGGCUAACCACAGUUCGAUGUUAUUAUUUUCACUCUCAUAUGUGUACUGUUGGUAGUAAUUGAACAUGUGAAACUAAAUUAAUUGUGUAUGCUUGGAUAGUAUCACAUGAUUAAUAGCCUUUUUCACGGCUCUUUCUUGUAGCAAUAGGGCACAAAUGACCUUGGCAAAGUCGCACAUGUUAUCCUCAGGUGAUAACUCAAUAACGCAUACAAUCAGUUAUUACCGUCGAUGUAGCUCUGUGAGGGGGGUCUACCUCCUACGCUGAAAGCAACGAUUGUCUACAUUUACAGCAACUUUUUCACUCUCACUGGUAAGGUUAUGUAACAAUUACCAUUUGCGAUUGUGUUAACUCACGACUUUAUUUUGUUUAUGAAUGACUAUGUAACAGUGGAUAUACGUUAAGUGUAUAUAUCUCAGACUCCUAAUAUCGCUGCGGACCCCUUUGUAGUCGUCACGGACCAUAGUUUGGGAAACCCUGUUCUAAGCUAUUCAAGGAUGUUGCUGCACUUUCGUUUGCGUUAGUGUUUAGCAAGGCUCUUGGAUUACUCUACUUAUUUUCUAUAAUUUUAUCAUGCAAUUGUCACUUAGUCAGUCUGUAGUUUUUAUUUAUCAAAACCUGUAUGAUUGCACUAUUGUUUUUAUUAGUUUUAAUUUCACUCUUAUAUUAGGCUGUCUUAUCACUUUACUCUCGCUCAAGAUAAAUGAAGCGAACUUUGUUCGCCAGCAUAUUCACAUCUCAUUAUUGAACUAUUUCUUAUGCUUGUUACAGCCUCGCAAUCAAGUUCAUGCAUCUGAAACAAAUAACUGGGUAACUGGACAUUUAACCGGCGGCGAGGCUGUAGUACGUCAUUUGACCGAGCCGUCUUUUGGGCUUCUUCUCCCUUAUAGUUAUGAAAAAAUCUUUCGUCAUAGAAUUGUAUAUUACAGCUUUCCAGCACAUGAUUUCUAAACACCAGGCUAUAAAUCAGUAUUACGUUGGUGCAUCUGAAACAAAUAAUUGUCUAACUAAUCCCACAAAGGUUUUGGUUCACCAUAUUACUAAGCUGUUUUAUUAACUUCUAUUUACCCGAACUUUUGUCUGUUAUUUGCAAAUUUUCUCCACUCCCACCCCCAUCUUUCUUAACAAGAGCAAUAAUUUCAAAUGUAACAAAGUUAUAUAUCCACAGCAAUUGUAUACAUCGGUGGGCGCUCCAGAAGUGUGUGUACCAAUAUGGAGGUAACUUAUUUUGUUCGCCUAUUUUACAUCAAGUUGCGUGAAGGGAAUAAAACCUAUGGAUGGAUAUUCACUUGGCUAACACAGACAGUCCCUGAACUCAUAAUAGAACUAAAAUGAGGAAAAUUGGAAUAAAAUUAUGAUGACCUAACCCUAACCUGGUACACAUACUACUAGAAGUACCCAUCGGUGUUGUAACUUCACUAAUGGUGUGCUAGUAUUAUUCAUUUAUUUCAAGUUUUUUUGGCAAAUAUAUUUUUGGCAAUUGUAUGCCCAGGCACUGUAUCCUUACAUAUUAUUAGCGCUAUUGAGUUGCCUUUAGACAGUUUUUUCCAUCUUCCCAACCCGUAUCUUCUUGUUUUGGAUACUGCUUUAUUUUUACUGGUAACCGGACGAGAGGCCGUGGUUUGUUAUAUGAUUAAACCGUAAUAUGGGCUUUUCCCCCCUGGGAUAAAUAUGUAAAUCAUAUUCUAUCCUUUAUUUCAGUCAAUCCUUCUUAAAAAGCACAAUAAUUUAAAAUGUAACAAAGUUAUACGUCCUCUGUAAACGUACAACCUACGUAAAUGUGAUCUGUAUUGGAGCUAUAUUUUGCAAGCCUGAAAGUGAAUGACCAAAUAUGGCUGUUGUACACAUAGCAGAUUGCAAUGUUUUUUGAAUUACAACAAACUUUGUUGCGCAAUAGACAUUGUUAUGCUUUCGCUACAAAGUAACCGUCUAGCCAACCUUACCUAUUGUAUGCCAGUGUCAUGUGCUUGUUUUGACCAUUCCUCUACAGAGAAUCGCAUGAAAAUGUUGAUUUGGGAACCAUAUAAUCACCUUUUUUCCCCGACUGUUUCAAAGGUAUUCACAUGAAAAGCACAAAAAUUUUGGUACUCCCGAAGUAUGUCAACCAGGAUGGUGGACAUCGGAACGUAGUAUGUGUACCAGGUUAGGGUUAGGCCAUAAUUUCAGGUACAAAUACUAUGGGAGUCACUUGGCUAGUCCCCUAACUCGUAAUAGAACUAAAAUAAGCAAAAUUGGAAUCCAGGUUCCAGUGUCCACCAUCUUGGUUCAUAUACUCCGGGAGUACCAAAAUUUUAAAAUGUAACUGUUCAAUUUCAAACCUGUAUAUUUUUGGCAAUUGUUAUCUAGUUAUUGUAACCUUAUCUACUGUAAGCUAACAUCAUAUAUCUCUAACAAGAAGCAAAAUAAUUUAAAAUAUGACUAUCCUAUAUACUUUCUACAGAUGUAUCUUGGCCUGACAACCUUAUCUGUCAUUAUUAGCGCUCUUUUAAGUUUACUCGAUUCAGGAUAUAUACGAAAACUUCUUUGAGGCCUUAUACCUAUCCUUUGCUAGCAGCAUAUCUUCUUUCCCAUUCUCUUCCUAAUUUGUUACUUUUGCAACGAAAUUUAUUGUUUGUUUCAAGUGAUUAAUUUUAUUAAUUGAGAUUAUUCAUUUUGUAAUAUUCAUUUUAUGUGUUUAAUUUUUCUUAACACAUUAUUGUGCAUACUUUUGUUCCGAUGUGGCUGUGUCAAACACAAAUAGUAACAUGCUCUGUAUCGGAGUUUUAACUUUUGUCAUCACAACAUAUUUGAUGGGCCACAUUUUUUCCCAGCCCUCCUGAACAUAUUGGUGAGACCGAUGUGCUUACAUAUUCUUGCACAAAAGAUAGUAUUUUGGCUUUAUUCCUGUGAUUGUAGGUACUAGUUCCAAAUCUUUCAAAUUUGAUCGAUAUUUUGUUUUGUCGAUAAAUAAAUUUUUGUCGAUAAAUUUUUCCCACAGAAGGAAAAAGAGUAAGUAUGGUUAUCUCUAACAAUAAUGGUACCACGCCCCCAUUGUACCACGCCCCCAUUGAACCUUUUUGUGUCCACUGGGAGGUCGGGCCUCCAGUUUGACGAGCUCCGCUCCAUAUUGUAUUCUUUUAAUCCCAGUCACUAAGGAUAUAGUGCUUGUAUAUAAAUUCAGUAUCUAUAACAACUUGCCAAACUGACUGAUACCGAUGCCAAAUCUCAACAGACUCUGGUGUAUGUAGUAACUGUGUAUAUUUAUCAAAUGUUGCCUAUUUUGUGAUUCAAUCUAUGUUAAAUUUAAUCAAGCCGGAAUGAUUUAUAUAGGAAUAAAGAGAUUAUGUAAUUCUAA